AUGACCGAAUCCGCAGUUCAGCCUCUGUCGCCGGACCAUUCCCACGACCGCAAUCCGACUGUCCGCAACGUGGCAGUUCUGGCCGUUUGCAUGGCCUUGACGAUCAGCAGCCUCAGCCUGCUCAUGACCGUCUCGGCGGUUGUCGGCUACAUGCUGGCGGCGGACCCCAAGCUCGCCACGCUGCCGCUCGCCUUGCAGUUUCUGGCCGUGCUCUGCAGCACCGUUCCGGCGUCCUUCCUCAUGGAGCGGUUCGGCCGGAGGGCCGGCUUCACCGUCGGGGCGUUCUGCGGCAUCCUCGGCAGUCUGAUCUGUGCGGCCGCCGUCUGGUACGGCAGUUUCCUACUGCUCUGUGUCGGCUCGGCCUUCCUCGGCAUCAUGGCCGUGCACGGUGGCUUCUACCGCUUUGCCGCAGCCGACACGGCCAGCCCGAGCUUUCGGCCCAAAGCGAUUUCCCUGGUCAUGGCAGGUGGCACGGUCGCGGCGGUGUUGGGGCCAGAACUGGCCAAGCAGACGCGCGAUCUUUUCGAGCCGCUGCUCUUCUUCGGCGGGUUUCUGGCGAUCGCGGUCUUGAAUCUUAUCGUGAUCGCAUUGCUGCGGCUGGUCCGGAUCCCGACCCCCGUCCGCUCGGCGGAUGGGCACAGCGGACGUUCUCUCCUCGAGAUCGCCAGCCAACCGACCUUCAUCGUUGCCGUGCUGGCGGCGAUGGUCGGCUAUGGCGCCAUGAACCUCAUCAUGGUGCCGACGCCCUUGGCGAUGCUCGGGUGCGACCACCCCUUCGAAGUGGCCGCCUUCGUCAUCCAGCUGCACGUAUUGGGUAUGUAUGCGCCGUCUUUCUUUACCGGUCACUUGAUUCAGAAGUUCGGUCACUUGCCGAUUCUGGGAUUGGGCGUGCUGCUCAUCCUGGUCUGCGUGGGCGUUAACCUCUCCGGUGUCGAGGUCACGCACUUCUCGGUGGCACUGGUGCUGCUGGGUCUGGGCUGGAACUUCCUCUAUGUCGGCGGCACAAGCCUCGUGACGGAGACCUACCGACCGGAGGAAAAGGCCAAGGUACAGGCGCUGAACGACACGCUGAUUUGGGGGAUCGUUGCGGUCACCGCUUUCUCCUCCGGCGCGCUUUACAACGGCCUGGGGUGGGAAGCGGUCAACCUCGCUGUGGUCGUACCGCUGUUGCUCGUGCUUGCCGCGCUGACCUGGCUGGGGUCGCGUCGGACACUGGCGGCCUAG